UCUUAUCAGCAGCAAGUGCUCUCCAACCUCCCCACCACCCCCGAGCGUCAUCCAAAAACGUGACUAAUGCACUGCUCGCGUAGCCUCUCUGCUGCUGGCGCCGUGGACAACACAACAACAACAUUCUAUACGGCAGCAGCACAAACAUCGGCGUCGGCAGCAGCCUCGGCCAGCACAACGCCAACGUCGAACAAGACGACAACAAUGGCCACAACGGGGGUAACGGCGACCACAGGGCAAGCGGCAACAAAUGCUAAAGAUGGUAAGUUCCGUUUCUGGUCAAAGUCAAGCCCUCCUUCAACGAGCAGCACUCCGCACCCCACUUCUGGCGUCACAAUGCGGGAGAAGAAGGGAGGAGCCCUGCAAAAGCUCAAGAAGAGGCUAUCCCAUAGCUUUGGGCGAUUAACAAUUUCCCGCGAAGAUGGCGACGAGUCGACGGCGCACCAUCAUCACCAUCAUCAUCAUCAUCAUCGCGGCGGCCAUGGCGGGCAUCAUAAUCACGGUAACAAAGUUCCAUACAAUGGCUACAAUUCGGAGGAAUAUCUGGAUCGUCUCGAACCGAAUGGCAAUAUACCCGCUGAUAAAACAAAUUGCAGAUACGGAG